CACCCUUUCUCUGACUCUCCCUUCCUUUUUUUUUUAUGUUCUUUAAAUGUUUUCAAGAAGUUGAAAAAGAGGUUCUUGGAGGUAAAGAAAGUGUAGCUUCACAGAUUGAUGGUCUGUCUACUCCAGGCAACAAAACAAAUGGUUCAGAGGCAGAGAUCCCUCCAUCUGUCUUCUCUCCACCUACAAUAUUCGCCAAACUUCUAGGCAUUUUGCGGCAACAUAUUGUGGUUCCAGUUCACAAUGUCUUACAAACAGAGCUGGACAUCUUGAAGAGUAUUGUGUACGGUGGUCUAAUCCAGUCCAUCACAAGCUUCGGUGUUGUAUCCUCCGCUGCUGCCUCCGGUACUUCGACUGUCAACGUUAUGGCCUUGGGGCUAGCCAAUUUAUUCAGUGGCCUCUUUCUAAUCAUUUACAACCUCUAUGGACUUGUAAACUAUACACCCUUCCUUCCACAUGGGAACACUGAUAAUGUGGCAGAUAUGAAGGAAAAAAUAGAUCCACACAAGCAAUUGCUUGGAAACAAAGACAAUGCCAAACUCCAUUGCAUCGUUGUUGUGGUCUCCUUCAUCUUUUUCGGUGUGAUCCCUCCUCUCUUCUACGGAUUUUCUUUCAAAAUAACAGACGAUAGAUACUAUGAAGCUGCGGUUUUCGUUGCCGCGUCCCUGCUCUGCGUCAUCACCCUCUCUUUGGGCAAAGCUCACGCUUUCGAGAUGGAUAAACUCAAGACUGUGGCUGUAUACACCGGAAUAGCGAUUGGGGCGUCUGCGUUUUCUUGCAUUGCAAGCCAACACGUUAGAGAUCUGCUUGAGAAGUAUGAGUUUCAUAACGUUGCAAAGGAGUGAUUUCAAGAUUGCAGAAUAGUUUUUUUUUUUCAAAGCAAAUAAACAGAGUUACCCAUCUUUUACUUAUGUUCCAAGUCUUUAAUGUGUGUUUCUACACGAACUUGUUUUGUUUCUCUGUAAGCAAAAUGUUAUCAAUAAGAAUCAGUUUCGUUUCAUAUAUUAACAACA